AGGUGUGGGUCAAGCACUGCACAUAGUUUCAGUUUUGGCAGCAGCAUCCAGUGUCCUGCUGGCAGCUUCUAGGAAGACAGGGUUGUGGAGUGGUCACCAGGCUAUCCCUCCGAAACUGAGUCGACGGGAGAGAAGGAAGUGGCUAAAACGACCAAGCAAGAGAUUGGCCUGGCGGCACAGCCCCAGGGGAGCCAUCAGCCAUGAUGCUGUUCUUCCUUGCCUGCCUGCUGGCUGUCUUCCCAGUGGUCUCCAUGAAGAGUCCCAUCUUUGGUCCCCAGGAGGUGAGCAGAUUGGAAGGCGGCUCAGUGUCCAUCAAGUGCUACUACCCGGACACCUCCGUCAAUCGGCAUUCCCGGAAGUACUGGUGCAAGCAGGGAGGCAAGGGACGCUGCACAACCCUCAUCUCAGAGAACUACGUCUCCAAGGACUAUGAGGGCAGAGCCAACCUCACCGACUUCCCAGAGAGCAACUCGUUUGCGGUGGACAUUGGCCAUCUCACCCAGGAUGACUCUGGGCGCUACAAGUGUGGUGUGGGCAUUGUUAACCAAGGCCUAUUCUUUGAUGUGAGCCUGGGGGUCAGUCCAGGUUUUGCUUUCGUAAAUGGUACUCAAGUCUACACAGAAGACCUGGGCAAAACAGUGACCAUCAAUUGCCCUUUUAGUUCUGAGAAUUCUAUGAAGAAGAAGUCCGUGUGCAAGAAGAGAGGCCAGGCCUGUCUCCUAGUCAUCGACACCGAAAACGUCGGCAACAGCUACCAAGGAAGAAUCCGCCUUGAGAUUCCUGAUACCAGCCAACUAGCAUUCAGCGUUGUCAUCAACCAUCUCAAGAUCAGCGAUACUGGGACAUAUGUCUGCAAGACUGGGGAUGGUUCCAGCAUGGACAAAAGUGAUGUUCACCUCCAAGUGCUAAAGCCAGACCCUCAGCUUGCUUAUAGAGACCUGAGGGGCUCGGUGACCUUUAACUGUUCCCUGGGCUCCAAGCUGGAAAAUCUGCCCAAAUUUCUGUGCCGGGUGAGCAAAGACAAAAGCUGCGAAGUGGUCAUCAACACCCUGGGGACGAGGGCAGAGAACUUUAAAGGAAGGGUCCUGCUUACCUCCAAGGAGAAUGGCUUCUUCAGUGUGCAUAUCACCGGCCUGAGGAAAGAGGACGCAGGGCACUACCAGUGCGGUGCCUACUCUGAUAGUGAGCCUCGGGAAGACUUGAUCCAGGACUGGCAACUCUUUGUCAAUGAAGAGACGAUGAUGCCCCGGAGUCCCUCUGUGGUAAAGGGCGUGGUAGGAGGCUCCGUGGCCAUGCUCUGCCCCUACAACCCUAAGGACAGGAACAGCCUGAAGUACUUGUGUCGCUGGAAAGAAGCUCAAGCUGGCAGCUGCGUAAACCUAGUGAGCAGCGAGGGGCUGGCUCAGGAACAACGCAAGCAGUAUGAGGGCAGGCUUGCACUCUACGAAGAGCCAGGCAAUGGCACCUACACGGUCAUCCUCAACCAGCUCACCCCCGAGGAUGCUGGCUUCUACUGGUGCCAGACCAAUGGUGAUGCUCGCUGGUGGUCCACGGUGGAGCUCCAGAUUGUCGAAGGAGAACCAAACCUCAAGGCACCCAAGAAUGUCACUGCUGUGCAGGGAGAGACUCUCAAGCUCCCUUGCCACUUUCCGUGCAAAUUCUUCUCCAAUGAGAAAUACUGGUGCAAGUGGGGCGAUAAAGGUUGCAAGGCGCUGCCCAGCCAAGACGAGGCUCCCGGGCAGGGCUCCGUGAGCUGCGACCAGAAUAACCAGCUCAUCUCCUUGACCCUGAACGCUGUCACCGAAGAGGAUGAGGGCUGGUACUGGUGCGGGGUGAAGCAUGGCCUCCAAUUCGGAGAGACUGUGGCUGUCCAUGUGGAGGUCAAGGAGAGGGGAAAGGGAUCCAAAGAUGUCAGCCAAGCGAAUGCUGCUCCUGGCAAGGAGGUGAUAGAGCCGAGGUCCAAAGAUGUCAGCCAAGCGAAUGCUGCUCCUGGCAAGGAGGUGAUAGAUCCACAUGUCAGGGAGACUGAGAACAAAGUCAUUCAGGAUUCUAACCUUUUUGCGGAGGACAGAGCAGUGAAGAGUCCUGGAGAUUCAGCUGGUGGGAGCGGACCACCUGCAGAGCCUGGCAGCUCUGCAGGUCAAGGAGGGAGCUCCACAGUGCUCGUCUCCACCCUGGUGCCCCUGGCCCUGGUGCUGGCGCUCGGGGCUCUGGUCGUGGGGGUGGUUAGAGCCCGGCACAGGAGGAAUGUUGACCGGAUUUCCAUUAGAAGCUACAGGACAGACAUUAGCAUGUCAGACUUUGAGAACUCCAGGGACUUUGGAGCCAAUGACAACAUGGGAGCCUCUUCGGUCACUCAGGAGACAUCUCUGGGAAGAAAAGAAGAGGUCACGACCACCACCGAGAACACCGUGGAGAUGGAAGAACCAAAGAAAGCAAAGAGGUCCUCCAAGGAGGAAGCUGACAUGGCCUACACUGCCUAUCUGCUCCAGACCAACAACAUGGCGGCCGACGUCCAGGAUGGCCCCAGCGAAGCCUAGACUGAGCACCAGCUGUCUCCCUCUACCACACUUAACAAUCAUCUUCAGAAUCACAUUGAUCCUCAAGGCCCUCAGCUUCGGGGGCUCUGCUGCCUGCACUCACACCCCACCUAGGCUUUUCCUACCUGUCCUCGGAGAGUGUCCUGGUCCCACCUCAGUGGCAUCCAAACCUGACCUCAUUGUUCCUGUUGAGGGUGAGGUGACGUGAGUUCCCACCUGCAGCUUAUUUCUAAUGAGAAAGCCUAAGGUGUGGAAGGAGACUUGAGAUCUUAAAGGGGCCUUGCCAAAAGAAGAGAGAUCCAGUGGAUGGGGAGAUCAUUUUAGAAAGGAGGGCCAUUUGGGGCUUCUCUGCACCCUUAUUAUGGGAUUUCAAUAGGAAUUGAUAUUCCCCACUCCAUCCCUCCAUUUCUUAUGCCUUCCUCCUUUCCAUCCUCUCUUCUUUUUUUCCUUCAUUGAAAAUGCAUUUCUGAAUCCUCACCAGAAUCCAGGUGCUCUACUAGACAUGAGGACAGAGGCUGCACUCCCAGUCUGCAGCCUUUCUGUAAACAUCACUUGGAAGACACAGCUUCUUGGUGUAUUUAUACUUGCUACGACUUGAAAUCCUCAUCAGGUGUACUCACCUCUGCCCAUUUUUGGAGAAAUCAUUAAAUGCCUGGAAUUCUAAGGCCUUAGGAAUCAUGUAACAUGCAUAGGCACACGUAUAACGAAUCAUAAACACACAUUCUUACCAUUUUACAGGUGUGAGAAAAUUGAGGUCCUGAGAGGUGAAGAGAUUUGCCCAAGGACACCAAGUGAGAUACUCCACUGUCAAAACUAAAUUUGGUUUCUCUUGGCCAGGGAUCUAUAAGAACCCCUGCUCUCUUGUUGGAGGCAGAGCGCUAGAAUAAGGAGGAAGAGGAGGAGGAGGAAGGAAAAAUGUAAAUGGAGACUGAUCUCUCACAGGCCCCACCUCAGGGAAUACAACCCUUUCCCUUUCUGUCACUCACAUGGACCUAAGAGGAUAAAAAAAUGGUCAAACACUCAUAGCCUCUGUAUCUGAAGAGGCCUGAGUAGAAGGAAAGAAAAACAGUAUUUGAGGUGCCAAAGAGGGGCUGAUCUCCAGAGGGCUAAGGUGUAAGGUCUUUUUUCCUCUGAGCUCUGUGCCUCAACCAGCAUCUACAAGUUGGCAUUUGCUAACAAAUCAAUAAUGUAACUUAAUAAUAAUUAAAGACCAUGAUUGUCACCAA